CGUCGCUCGAUGAGACUCUGCAUACAGCUCCGGAGACACAGCAUGGAGAGGAUGUCUCUGCUUGUGUGCACCGCCUCGCUACUUCUUCCAAUGGCUUAGUUCACCUUUUUUCUUUUUUUUUCCUCUCCGAUUUUUCUAAAUGUCGGACACGUUCUAACAUUUUUGGACAGACUAAUUGACCUCGGCUGACUUUUCACUUUUGUCCCGACCCCCCGUUGAUCGGCCGGAAGCUUUUCACAGCCCGAGCGACAUGAGCGCAGAAAAACUUGUGAGCCUCGGGAUGAAAGUACUUGUCUUCUUUUUGCUCAUCUUCCUGACCCACACUGAGAUCACAGCGCUGCUGGCCAGCCGAAUGGAUGUACACGCCAGAUGUCCCCUCGGCCAGUUUCCAUGUGGGAACAUAAGUGAGUGUGUCCCCCAGGCUCUGCAGUGUAACGGGCACAAAGACUGUCCCAAUGGAGCCGACGAGCGCCGCUGUGGGGACAACAUCGGGUGGGCCGACUUAAUUGGCCAAACUCUGCAAGAUGCCAAUGAUGUGGACAAGUACUUCCAGGAUGAGUGUUUCUUGCAGGAGUAUCCAGAGAGUUGUGACUGCAUUCAGACGGAUGUGGAGUGUGUGGAGGUCAACCUACAGGAUGUUCCACUGCUCUCUACAAAUGUUACCUCUCUGUCGCUCAGGAGCAACGAGAUCCGAGUGCUGUCAGACUGCGUUUUCUCCGAGUAUUCUUACCUCCAGAAACUGUUUCUGCAAAACAACAGCCUCCAGUUCAUAUCCACCCAUGCUUUCAGCGGCCUGCACAGUUUAAAGAAGUUGUUUCUCAGUGAGAACUUGAUAUCUUCCCUCAGUCCUGGUGUCUUCAAGAAUCUUCAUCAGUUAGUCUGGCUGAUUUUGGAUCAUAACCCGUUAAGCAACCUGUCGCAGGACACGUUCAUCGGGCUCCAGUCGCUCAUGUACCUAUCCAUGGUGGGCACUUCACUGCAGCAGCUUCCACACCAGAGCUUCUGUCAGCACAUGCCUUCCCUGGACUGGCUGGAUCUUGAGGGAAACCAGAUUCAAACUCUCAACUACUCGAUCUUGAAGACCUGCAGCAAGCUUGAAGUUCUAUUACUGAUGGACAACAGGAUCAGAAGCAUUCCUGAAAACACGUUCCAGUCUCUGUGGAAACUGGCUGAACUGAAUCUGUCCAGCAACAGGAUAAGAGAGUUGCCUAAAAACACCUUUAAGAGCCUCUCCAAGUCCCUCCUUAAACUAAAUAUUUCCCACAAUCCCCUUCUCCGGAUUCACCCCAGCCACUUCAACCAUCUGACACAUCUUCAGUCUCUGGCGCUGGAGGGGAUAGAGAUCUCAAACAUCCAGACAAAGAUGUUCCUGCCUAUGAAGAACCUCUCCCACAUCUACUUUGAGACGUUCCAGUACUGCUCCUACGCGCCUCAUGUCAGGUCCUGUAAGCCCAACACAGAUGGCAUCUCUUCCUUUGAGGACCUGCUGGCUAACAUGGUGCUGCGGGUGUCUGUCUGGGUCAUGGCCUUCAUUACCUGCUUUGGUAACCUGUUUGUCAUCGGCAUGAGGUCACUGAUACGAGCAGAGAACAACCUGCAUGCCGCCUGCAUCAAGGUCCUCUGCUGUGCAGACUGCCUCAUGGGCGUGUACCUGUUUUUCGUCGGUGUGUUUGAUAUCAAAUUCCGCGGGCAGUACAACCGCAACGCGCUGCUCUGGAUGGAGAGCGUUGAGUGUCGGACCAUUGGAUUCCUUGCCAUGCUCUCCUCGGAGGUGUCUGUCCUCCUCCUGACCUACCUGACCCUGGAGAAGUUCCUGGUCAUCGUCUUCCCCUUCAGCAACCUGCGCCCGAGCAAACUCCAAACUGUGGUGGUUCUGGCGUCUAUCUGGCUAGUGGGGUUCAUUAUAGCUGCAGUGCCACUGAUGAAUGAGGAGUUGUUUGGAAACUACUAUGGACGUAAUGGGGUCUGCUUUCCCCUGCACUCUGACAGGCAAGAAAAACCUACCGCCAAAGGAUAUUCAACAGGGAUUUUUCUGGGUCUAAACUUGGUGGCAUUCCUGGUUAUUGCCUUCUCCUACUCCAGCAUGUUCUACUCCAUCUAUAAAACCGGUAUCAAUGCCACAGAUCUGAGGAGCAGACUGCACAGAGAUGUGGCUGUUGCCAACAGAUUUUUCUUCAUAGUGUUCUCUGAUGCCCUCUGCUGGAUUCCCAUAUUUUUGGUGAAGGUCCUCUCACUGUUGGAGGUGGAGAUACCGGGCACCAUCUCUAGCUGGAUGGUGGUCUUCAUCCUCCCCAUCAACAGCGCUUUGAACCCCAUCCUUUACACAUUGACCACCAGCUUCUUCAGAGAGCAGGUGGAAGUCUUACUCUGUCGUUGGCAAAGGAGACACAUUUUGAAAAAAGACCGCAAAAGCCUCACCUCCUCUACGAUCUUCAUGGAGACGCCACGGCCUCUCUGUUACCAGCCACCAGUCUGUGUCCAGAAGUUGGCGCUCACCGGCGCGGAUCCGCGCUACGCCUGAACCGAGGCCGGGGACCUUUCCUGGCGCUUUGUAAACUUGCUUGUUAACGGGCCUCUUGCUGGUUCUGUCUUCACGCUGCUACGGGGCAGUUGCACUGCUUCCAUCAAACAGACUUUUCAGUGGAGCGAGAUUAACAAUCACAGGCUCUGGCGUGGUUCAUAUUUGUAAAAAAACAAUGUAAAAAGAAGAAGCUAUAUACAGACCGGAAGCCCUUUGGGGUUCAGUGAAGACAGGAAUAACAAAGAAGAUGAACGAGAGGAUGAACACUAGCAGAUACUGCACAUUUCACUACGACCCAGAGGAGCGUCACAAUGGACAAUGGAGUUUUACAUUUUGAGAAAGAGGAACAGCCAAAAUAUCGCCCUCAUGUACAAUAUUUUCUACAAUUGAAUUAUGGGUCAAAGGUCACUGAACCACUGAGGUAACACUGGACAGGCUGAGAAAUACUUCUUUUAACUGAGGAAUAUGUUGGUUUCAGUCCAAAAAAAACAAGAGGCAAAAGUCUGGGAUGGCUUAAACUCACACGUGGUUUAUGAAAUUAUACUGUUGUCAAAAUACAAAUGAAACGUCAAAUAAUGUAGUUCAGCUGGCUUUUUUUUUCUUUCAUUUUUUUUUUUCAUCUACCACUUGAAAUGUAGCAAGUUAAAAUUAGAGUUGGUUAAACAGUAUAAGGUAUUGUAAGGUUCAAUUGAAAGAUUCCAUUUAUCAUGAUUUCUGCUUCCUCUCUGUCUUGUGUUGUCAUUUUUUAAACUUUCUGUUCAAAUCUAAUGCACCUUCAAUUAUUGGCUUUAUUGCCUGAUGAGUUCUGAUUUUACAGUACUGCAUGAAAAAUUGUUAAAUAAAACCUACGAAUUAUAUUUAAUUCAUGAAGAAAUCUGCAAAUUAAAAGAUCAAUAGCACUUUUGAACGAUCAUUUUAAACAUUAAUGUUGAUUUUACUAAUAAAAUCACCUUUAAUUAAUGCUUUGACAGUGACUAUUUAAACUGGAUUUUUUAAUUUGAAUUGUACCAAAAUGUGAAGAUGUAUUUGCCAUUUGUUUAUUAAAUUAAGGCAGGAUUAUAAGUUCAUGUAUAAAGCACCUAAAAUAUGAGAGAAACCAGGUAAUUUCCAAAAAACGUGAGUGAAUGAGAUUGACAAUCGACAAUCAGUGAAUGUCGUGCAGCAGUCAUGUGUAGCUGAUGCUAAGUUUCUGCCAUACUUUAUAUUUUAAUGUAAUGACUAAUGAGUGUAAUGUGAUUUGUUUCCCUGACUUGUUUACAUGACUUUUUUUGCAAUCCAUCUGCAUGUACUUUUCAAUUGAAACUUAAGUCCGCAACACAAAAUACAAAGAAACAUAACAAACGUAAAUGGUACACUAAGUGCUUUGACUGAUUCUAAAUCACAUUCAAUGUGCUGCAGCAUCUUGCUACACUUAAGUCAUACUUGUAUUGUUUAGACCUCCUGAUUGCAUGACUGAACUGGAUUAAAAUGGUUGGUUACAGCAUGCUACGCAUUUCACUAAUCCGUACAUGAGGACUUCGUUCAGUUUGGAUUUUUUGUCACUGGGCUUGUGCGACAUCAGCGGGAAUUACGUUCAUGUUUCUAUUUAUAUUUUUUAUACGGAUAAACUGCUUUUUUUGUUUUUGCUGCCGGUUGCUUUGAAUUUGAGGACAAUCAAGAAGCAGAUCGUACUAAGACAAACAAGACGUUAUAAAGGUGUGCUGAUUUCUAUAGCAGUAUGCCGAGGAGUGAAAAGUACUCCUGUGAAAUAAGGACUAUGGUUUCCUAUUCUGUGCAGGUUUAUAUUUGUUGUACAAGAUCUGUUACGGGAGUCUGUCUUGUUGAUGUAUGUUAUGUAAUGUAUUGUAUUUGUUGCAGUCCGGUUGAUGAUUUUCUGUUCAUUUGUAUCCACACAGAUAUCACCCUUUGACUGGCUUAAUAAAAGAAAA